CACAACUUCCCGGAUAUCUACGCAGCGUAUACACUGUCACUAAGAAGAAGUCAAUAAGGCGGCGCGCUUCAUUUGCCUUUAUUCAUCGGCAGAAUUGGUGGCUCCGAUGACGGGCGACAAUUAUGGCUUCCUCUUCUCCCUCCACCGUAAAGCCUUCUACGUCUUUCCAUGAACGAUCGGCUAGCCAUUCGAAUGGGCCUCGAGCACGCGUUUCCUCUGCUCGCGUUAAUGGGAAAUCUACGCGCUAUGGGCAACCUAUGCCCGCGGACGGGAGAUUGCCUGCAUCACGAGAAGGUACCCCUGGGACGGGAACCAGUCGAACGAGCAGAGACUAUAACUCGAGUGAAGUGCGCACGGAGAGAACACAGGUCACAACCAGGGAACGGGUCCAGGUCAGGUCGAAGAAACAGCCUACAAGCUCGGCACCAGCGUCAAAGGGCGAAUGGGAGAAACCAAGAACGAAGAAACCCAGUCAAAAUGAGGUUCCUAAUCCGGCUGUUAGAUCAAAGACGAAGGAGAAGGAGGUAGAAAAGGAGCAACCAGAGGCACUAUGGGAGCCGCAAGCGAAUUUGAUUCCCCAUUCGACCGCCCCCCUUGCGUGCCGUGUGUCUGUACCCCCUCUAUCGUCACUGGCUCCGCAAUCAUUACGCCCACCACCGCUCCGGGAACUAAAAAUGGAGGCGCAGGAAGCUGCAAUUCUCGAGGACCUCCUAUUUGUUUUCAUGGGCUACGAAGGCCAAUAUAUCCACUUUGUCAACUCCUAUAACCCAUCUGAAGAGACUGAUCGGUUAAUUGGCCCAUCUUUUCAAAUAGAACCAGGUCUUGAACCUAGCUUGAAGGAUCUUACUCUUUCCAUGCUGAAAAUGGCUACCCACUAUAGCGCCAUGGAGGCCUUUGUAGAAGUUCAGAGCAGAGCGGAAUUUGGUGCUGUCAACCAUGCCCUUUGUGCUGCAAUACGCAAACUGCUAAAGGACUAUCUUAUUCUAGUCGCCCAGCUAGAAAACCAACUUCUCAAUAAUCGUAAUUUUACACUACAUGUUCUCCACCUCCAUAUCAUGCCUACCAGUCAGAGUAUGGCUCAGCUAUAUGCACUCGGGCAAGAGCUAUUGAAGAAAAACUCACUUCUGGUUCAAGAAUCGGACGAGUCGGUCGAUGAUUUUGAUGAUGUGGAAAAUCUCCUUGAACAAUUGAGAGAAGGCGGGGAACUAGCUCCUGGGGGAAUGUCAAGCAAAAGGCUCUGCAAGGGCGGGAACGUCUUAGGGGUAUUAACUCAAAGGCUUGCAACUUUCUCUGGCGACCCAACCACCGGAACAUUGCUUCAGACUCUGUUGCGGGAGGCUAGCCGUCCAUAUAUGACCAUGCUGAACGAAUGGCUGCACCAGGGAGCCAUUAACGAUCCCCACGCGGAGUUCCUCAUCAAAGAGCAGAAAGGGAUCAAGCGCGACAAACUCGAGGAGGAUUAUACUGACGAAUACUGGGAGAAACGGUAUACCAUCCGUGACAGCGAAGUCCCCCCACAACUGGACACCGUCAGAGAUAAGGUUCUGCUGGCUGGCAAGUAUCUCAAUGUUGUUCGUGAGUGCGGCGGGGUUGAUAUCAGUAAAGAGAUUCGGGAUGUACCUCCGACCUUUGACGAUCCACGAUUUCUUGAUAACGUAAAUUCGGCAUACGCAUACGCAAACGCUUCCUUACUCAACCUCCUUUUAACGAAGAAUUCUUUGACGACCCGAUUCCGAUCUUUGAAACAUUACUUUUUCCUUGACCGUUCUGAUUUCUUCUCUUACUUCUUAGAGUUGGGUGCAUCAGAGCUCCGGAAACCGGCGAAGAAUGUCAAUGAAGGGAAAUUACAGUCCCUGCUUGAUCUCGUUCUUCGACAACCCGGCACUAUUGCGGCUCAAGAUCCCUUCAAAGAAGAUGUGAAGGUUCGCAUGAAUUAUAUAGGAUUAACCAAAUGGCUCAUGCGCGUGGUAAGUGUGUCCGGUAUUGAUCAGGAUAAUCCAGAUGGUGGACUUGAAAGAUAUCAAACUCCUGCCCCACAAGCUACGGAAGAGGAAAAGGAUAUUAUUGGUUUCGAUGCCUUAGAACUCGACUACAUGGUGCCAUUCCCACUUUCACUCGUUAUUAGUCGUAAAACAGUCCUCCGUUAUCAACUUAUUUUCAGGUACAUCCUAUCCCUUCGACAUUUAGAAACAUUACUCGGAGCCGCCUGGCAAGACCACAUGAAAGUACAGAGCUGGCGCCAUAGAUCAUCUGACCGGAAACUUGAGCUGUGGAAGCGAAGGGCCUGGACAUUACGGGCUAGAAUGCUCAUAUUUGUGCAACAGCUGCUUUACUUCUGCACUGCCGAAGUGAUCGAGCCCAAUUGGCAGAAUCUCAUGGACCGAGUGAAUGGCGACGAUGCUGACGGAACCGAAGUUAUGGUCAAUGGGACAAAACAAGUCAAUCGGACAGUCGAUGAGCUGAUGCAAGACCACGUUGAUUUCCUGGACACCUGUCUGAAAGAGUGCAUGUUAACUCAGGGAAAACUGCUCAAGAUCCAUUCCAAACUCAUGAUCUGCUGUACUAUGUUCGCUUCCUGGACAGCGUCGUCGCUUUCACGCAGUCUUGUCUCCGCGGAUCCUGACCUGUCGGGCCCUAACUCCAAACAAAGCGUCGCUAGCUCCGAUACCACUAAGACGUAUGACCCCACGCGCCUAGGUAAGCUUGAGGAUACUUUGAAAAGAUAUGAAGACCAUUUCAAUCGACAUCUCAGGAUUUUAAUGGACAGUUUGAAUUAUUUCGCCGCUACUGAGAGUGUGGUUUUGCUUAAACUUGCUCAUUCGUUGAGUACGAUUUGCAAGGAAGAUUGAGUCCUCAGAACAGCUGGGAAUAUAUUUUGCCACUAUUCUUCAUUAGUGGUCUCGUCUCGUAAUCGGGCCAUAUUGCGAUAUGUGGAUAAUAUUCGCGCAGUUUCGAAACCGAUCAAGGACGGGGGUGCGCGCCUUAUCUAUAUAGAACACUCUUCGUAGCUUGUUACCCUGACUUUCUGGAACCUAACUGGCGGCAAAUCGACAUGCCCGUGGUUAGCUCUCAUACAUGGAACGACCGCCGCCUACAAUAGUCUAAGCCCCGCUAUGGAAUGGUACUCUCCGUUUCAAUCUGGUACGUAAUUUUUGUGGCAUGAACGAUUGAAAUCCGAGAUGUUAGGAGGAUGAGGUAAAUUUGCAUGACAUGAAAUUCCUGCUCAAAGCGAUAAUCCCAGAUUUUCAUGGGGCCACUCGGUAUCCGACACUAGUCACCGGGGUAGAAUGAAUUUAUGGGGAGGAAUAUCGAAAGAAAUAUCGAUAUGGGGCUCCAGUUGGACGAGUUGACCAUCACUGGUGAGGGCCGGAGUGAAAUGAGUUGACAUCUGAAGCUGUCUCAUAUCGAUAUUAAGGCUGGAGGGACCAGUAAACUUUUCCCUCAAACCCGGGCUAUUUUUAGGUAAUAUUCACAUCUAAAUUACACUACCGCACAAUCUCGCGUUUUUGUUAAGCUGCAUUCUAAGCUUGUAUUCAUAAAAUAACUAUCCCAAUGGGAAUUUACCAUGACAUGCCGUCAUAUAUAUGUACAGUACAUAAAUAAUGUGCCGCUAUUCUUCAAUCAAAUCAGAAGAAAAGAGAGAAAAUAGCCAUAGCGUUUACGUCUAAUCAUCAGUUCUUCAAUGCUCCGAAACGAAGACACCAGCCAUUCCCAUACCCUAGAGAAGUAGAAUAAAUGGUUAGCAAACUUUCGUUCCAUUUCAUGAUAGUUCGACGGUGGGAUCUUCCAUCUGGAUGUAGGGGCCAUGAAUACUUACAGUUCCAACACACAUAGACGUCACUACGACGCGCUUAUUUUGUCUCCGAAGCUCUGAGAGGGCUGUCACUACUUGGCGAGCGCCAGUACAGCCAAGGG